AUGAAACAAACAAACUACAAGGAGCAGAAGCAGGGGCAGCAGAUGAGAGGAGUCAGGCCAAAGGACUCAGAGCUGGAAACUGAUGAUACAUCAUCCGUGGCAGACUCUCGGGGCGUCAGCCAAGGAAGACGAAGGAAGCGUGAAUCGCCGGGAUAUAGUGAUAAGAAGCCAAAGAAGUCCGAGGGAGUGGGGACCGCCUUACCCGCCAAGACGCCUGACCCUCCGGAGAAUAACCGGGGUUGGGAGAUAGUGAAGGAAGGGAAGAAAGUAAAGCGGACUCCUAAGACGUCACCAAACACUCACCGAAGUGGAAGGAGAACAGGCAAAUCAGGAUGCAGUUCCGAAGCACUGAUCGUUCGCCCGAAAGAUAAGGUGAAGUAUGCUGAGAUACUAACCAGCGUGAAGAGGGAUGUCCCGUCUGACCAGGCGCUGGGAUGUGUCGACAAGAUACACAGAAUAGCCACAGGGGGCAUGCUCAUCGUCUUGACAAAAGACAGUGCGAGCAAAGCCCAAGUAUUGCAAACGACCAUUGCCGGUCUCCUUGGAGAAGAGGCUGAGGUUCUUAGCAAAGGGUCUCAGCUGAAUAUUAAGAUCGAAGAUCUCGAUGACACGACAACAAAGGAGAAAAUUCUGGCAGCCCUUUGCAAAACAGCGGGCAACGAGGUCCAGAUUACACUGGAUGCCAUAAAAGCCCUGCGAAAGGCCUACGAAGGGAAACAGACGGCGUUGGUGGCAAUACUUGUGCCCAUAGCGAAGAAGAUCUUGGGUGGCCACCGCAAAAUCCGGAUAGGCUGGGUUAAUUACGGAGUGAGGAAAGUGGAGAGACCGGUUAAGUGCUUCAAGUGCUGGCACUAUGGACAUCUCGCCACAAAGUACACGAGUACAAUCGACCGGUCUCAGCUCUGCGUCAUAUGCUCAACGACCGGCCACAAGGCCUCAGACUGCACGGAGCAGCCCCGAUGA